AUGAGAGAAGACAUUUGGACCAACAUCCUUCACUCUCCCAUAAGAGGACUUCUACAGCAAGAGGAGACUACCGCAACUCUCCAUCUAGGAAUCCUUAUGGAAAAGAUCACAAUGGGAAACAGUCUUGGUCAAGCCGCGAACCUCACGACAGAGGAUCAGAGAGAAAUUACCAUAGAAGGGACCGGGAGGAGCCAAGAAGAAGUGGAUCCUUCAACAGACCGGUCACACAUAACCCGGUUCACAGUUCCCAGCCAGCUACUCCUAGUGAGUUACAACCACGGGAACUGGGCUUCUCCGGAAGUGAUCAUAUUUACGUGUAUUAUGUAUAUCUAUUUUAAAAACUUUGUUGCGGCUUACAAGUCGUAUGGGUAA